AUGACAAGAGCAAUUAAUCUAAAAUUAUAAGAUAAAUUAAUUCUUAUAGAGAUGCCAAAUGAUGCAAAUUUGAGUGAUCUUUUUAAAAGAGUAAUAAUUAAUUAUAGAAAUAGAUAAAAGAACAUCCUUUGACUCCAAAUCCAAAUUAACUGAUUGGACUAAAGACUGUAUCUGGAGCAUUAACUUUAGAUUAUAUUCUAUCAAGACCUGAAGAUAGAAGUAUAAAAUAAUAAUGAUUAGGUUUAUUUCCAUUAAAUAAAUUGAAGUAGAAUGAGUGGUUGAUGGGAAUUUAUAAAUAAUAAACAGGAUAGUUAAGUUUGAAAGAUUUUGUAUUUGAAAAAUGUAUAGGGAAAGGAGGAACGUCUGAAGUAUAUUUGAUAAGACAUAAAGCAAAUGCAAGACUUUAUGCACUGAAAAUGAUAAAAAAGCAUUAUAUUACAGAUUGUAGACGUUUAGAAUAGGUAUUAAGAGAAAAGAAAAUAUUAUCGAAUGUAUUAAAUUAAAGUCCAUUUAUUGUACCAUUAUAUGCAACAUUUGCAACUAGAGAACACUUAUGUUUCUUAAUGGAAUACAGUCCAGGAGGAGAGAUGUUCUUUCAUCUAUAAAAUUAUAGAUUUACAGAGGAAGAAGCUAAGAAGUACUUUUGUGAAGUAAUUUGUACAUUAGAAGAAUUACAUAAACAUAAAGUACUUUAUAGAGAUUUAAAGGUAUUAUUUAAAUAGAUAAUAAUAGCCUGAGAAUAUUUUGAUAGAUAUUAAAGGUCAUAUUUAAUUAACAGAUUUUGGUCUAUCUAAAUUAGAUUUGAUGAAUGAAGAUGUAACACAUAGUUUUUGUGGUUCUCCAGAGUAUAUGCCUCCAGAAAUUGUAAAGUAAGAUUAUUUACUAUUUUAGUCGAUAAGGAUAUUCAUAUCCUGCUGACUUUUACACUUUAGGCUGUUUAUUACAUGAAUUACUUUUGGGAUUACCACCACAUUAUUCUUAAAAUACUGAUGAAAUCUUUUAGAAGAUAAUUAAUGAUGAAUUAGAAUUACCAGAUGAUCUUACUGAAGAAGUUACUUAAUUAUUAAUAGAUUUAUUGGAAAAAGAUGUUAGUAAACGUAUAAAGGAUUUCAAAGUUUUAAAGAAAUAUUAAUGGUUAAGCAAUGUGAAUUGGGAUACUAUAAAAAAUAAAUAAUUAUAAAUGCCUAUUGAAAUAGAUAUUUAUGAAACUCAUAUUCAUGGAGAAUUCUUAAAGGUAGAUGUAACUGAGUUUAAUCAAAAAAAUGAAACAGGUGAUUUAAAACCUUAGGAUGACUUGUUUGAGUUCUUUAAUUAUAUUAAUCCUAUAUAUUAGGAUUAAUUCUUGAUAGAAUCAAAAUAAUAGAAUAUCAAAAAUAGAGCAACAAGUGAUUUGAUAAUGGAAAAGAAAUAAAAAUUAGUAUUAAAUGAAAAACAAUAAAAUGUGAAUCCAAAUUAAAUUAAAAAAUGUAAUUCGGUUAAAUAAUCUCUGAAAUCUGCUAGUUCUCCAAGAAUCAACAAUCAAUUAUUUAGUACUGGCCAUCAUAGUACUCAAAAUUCACCAAAGAAACAACUUCAAUUAAAUUUAUAAGAUAUUGAUAAUCAAUUAAGUAUGAAAACACCAAAAUAACCUAAAUCUUUAACUGGAACAACUCCAACAGCUGCUACUUUGGCUCUUUUAAGAAAGAGUUUUUAGACUCUGUUAAAGAAAGCUCCAUCAUUGAGGAAUCAAGAUAAUAACCCUACUUUGAGAACUCUAUUAUCAGAAAGAUCUUUAAUGGAUAGGAAUUAUGUUAAUCAUAUAUAAUUAUAAUUAGAUUUAAAAAAUAAUACAAUUAUAACAUAGUAGUCCAACCAAUAGAGAGUUGUCAUAAAGACCACCUUAACAAUUGCAGAAAAGAAUUUCAAGCACAUCUACACAUCUUAAAUCCUAGUUAUCAUAAUUAUCACUCUUUACUUUAUCUUCAUAAAUUACUUAAAGAGGUAGUAUCUCACAUAGACCAAAACUUAAAUGA